AUGAAAAGACUAAUCUUGGAUUUGGUAUAAAAUAAUAAUUAUAGUUCUUUUCGUCCGACGUUACUAGUAAAUGAUGAUAGGAUAUGUAUUCGAGCGAGAAAUGAUUAGAAUUAAAUUGAAGAAAUCAAAUGUAAAUUUGAUCUUAUCGAUUUUGCAAUAUAGUGGAAAAAAAAUCGGUAUAUAUCAAUUAUUGAUCAGCUAUGAGUUACUUUAUGGAUUCAGAGUUUAUAGAUAAUAAUCUAGGUAUAAGGUUACUGGAGAGUCAAAUGAAUAAUUAAUGAUGUUUAAGGAGUAUAUCAAAGAUAAGGUUCCGAUUUCGAUAAAAUUGAAAAACUAGUAUGAAAAAGUAUAAGAAGAACCAACAUUUUUUUAAGAGAAUGUAUAAAAUUAUUUUUAUUAUGUUUAGUGUAUUAUUGUGGAGGAUAAAAGUACGAAAUAAAAGCAUAUUAUGUAGAGAAUCUACAAGAAACUCAAGGUGACUGGUGAUGAAUUUAAGAUUUAAUUCUAUCUCAAAAAGAAUCCUCACCCUAAUAUUCUGAAAUGGAAUUCUCAUUGUGUAGAUUAGAAGAAAUAAUAUAUUUCUUUGGAUUAUUUUUAAUAUGUUACUUUGGAUAAAAUUUUUUAAAAGUAUGAGAAGGUCCCAUUAGAAACUGUGAGAGAAUUUAUGAGAUAAAUACUUUAGGGUAAAAGUUUUUAGAUUAAACUUAGUCUUAGAGCAUCUUCAUUCUAAAGACAUUAUGCAUAAAGAUAUCAAGCCAGAAAAUAUUAUUAUUACAAAUUUUGAUAAGCCUUAAAUUUAGAUUGGGGUUUUUGAUCAGGCAGUUUUGAGUUAAGAGUCUUGUAGAUUUGGUGGAACUAUAUUUUAUAGACCACCUGAGGUUAUUGAAGGCUAUAAUCAUACAAAUAAAUUUGACAUUUAUAGCGCAGGGGUGGUGUUUUAUGGUUUGUUGAAAAAUAAAUGGGUUUAAAGGAGAAUACAUCUUUAAAGGGAUUGCGCUAAAUUACAACAAUUAGAGGUAGAUCCUGCAGCAGUAGAUUUAGUCAAAUAAAUGCUGCAUCAUGAUCCAUAACAGAGGUUGGAUGUAGUAGAAUGCUUAGAUCACCAUUUUUUCAUUGAUGAAAAACCGUGUGUUGGAAACGCGUAAAAUAUAUAAUAAUUAUUUAGAAUGAAUCAAUUAUUUUAACAGUCAAUAAUUCCCCGAUUUAUGCGUCACUGAUGAGUGAUAAACAGCAUUUUUAUGUACAUAUUAAUAUUCC